AAAAUGCAGAUCGACAUCGUAAGGAGUCCCACCGAGCUUGCAGAUUUGUAUCCAACAUCUAAACACAACUGUGGCGGCUGCGGUUUGAACGAUGGUUCUCUCGUUGCUCGGGCUGGAUGUUGACAAUCUCGCUAUGCACCGGCAGACUCCGCACCAAUCCUGCGUUUCGAUCGUAUGUCCUGUCUGCCUGCACGGCCGGGCUAAGCCGCUCAUGGACUACGACAGCGGCUAAGGCCCAGCGUCCCGCAGUGGACGCCUGCCAGUGCGAACGACGCGGAACUCGUAUCCUGAUACGGCACUCCUUGGAGCCGGAGAGCAUGGAAACUCAUCUCGCCACGCCCAUAGAGCUUCUCAUCAUACUCGGAUGACCUGGUUGUCCGCUUGUCGCCAUCGCCUAACACUUCCUUUUCGGGGCCGAAUACAAGGGAGCAUCCGGAUUAGGAGAGCCCGAGAAUGUCCACUAGCGGGCACUCAAGUGGAGCAGCAAGGUUGCAUUUACGAUGGUCGCGAGGAUUAGUGAGGACAGCCGAACGCAGGUAGGCAUAGGACCGAGAGGCAUACGCGAGGGAGAUAAGUAUCGAGUACUAGUGAAGGGUUGAGGACGACUCGGACCCACGUAGGCAGCUGUCUUCCACUGCCCUGCGCGUACAAGACCACCCAGUCGCUGUCGACGCGCACUCGACUUUGUAUUCCCUGUUUCAUUGGCUUCACGCUGUGCACGAAUACAACAGCGACAUGGCGCUACCCUGGCAUAUUCAAGUCGAUAUCAUUGCGGCGUUCUCUUUUCUAGGCUUCGUCCUCAUCAGUGUUCCUCUCUACUGGCAUUGCGUCGCCUGGAACAUCGGUUGUGUCCUCUACAUCUUUUGGGUUGGUGGGCAAUGCCUCUUCCAAGCCAUUAACGUUCUCGUGUGGCGGGAUAAUGUGAUCAACGUCGCCCCUGUCUGGUGUGACAUAUUCAUUCGGUUCUACAUUGGGGCAUCCAUUGGUGUAUGUACUGCGUCCCUAGUCAUCAACCGCCGCCUGUACCACAUCGCCAAUGUGUCGUCGGUGUCCAUUACCCGCGCGGACAAGCGACGUAACAUCAUUAACGAUUUCCUGAUCGGACUUGGUAUCCCCGUUCUCGCGAUCGCGGUUUACUGGGUCUACGAGGGCCACCGGUUUGACCUGAUGGAAGGCGUCGGCUGCAUCGAAGCGUACCCCAACACAUGGCUCGCUCUCAUCCUGUACUACCUCUGGCCCAUUCCGAUCGGACUCGUCUCCGCGACCUACUGCGUUCUCACCCUCACGGCGUUCUUCAAGCGCCGCCGACGGUUCACCGAGCUCAUGGCGUCCAACGCGAACAUCACCUUCAACCGCUACUUCCGGCUCAUGGGACUCGCCUCGCUCGAGUUCCUCUUCACGCUUCCGCUGACGAUCUACAAUAUCACUGAGAACUUCAAGCUUGCUCCGUACAAAUGGCGCGGGAUGGCGAACCUGCACUCCCGUUUCGGUCGCGUCGAUCAGUAUCCUGCCGUCAUCUGGCGCGCAGACCCGCAACUCGUCUCUGUGAUCAACUUUCGCCUCUGGAUGCCCAUCGCGUGCGCCCUCGUCUUCUUCCUCUUUUUCGGGCUCGCGGAGGAGGCGCGCAAACACUACAAGUUGGCGAUGACGUCCAUCGCUAAGAAGGUCGGCAUCAGCACCAUGGAGCGCAGCAGCGAGCUCGAUUCCUUCGUGUCAAAGACGGUUGGACUCUUAGGAACUGCUCUUCCCACGUUCAUUAAUCGCACCAUCCGCCGUGCCUCGCUGGACAGCGUCUUCUCCGAUGAUCAGUCCGCAGGCCAUUCUGCAGAGGGCUCUCAUGAUAAGGCGCUGCAUUCGCCUUCGGGCUUCUCUGUGGGAUCGAGCACGUUCAUCGGGUCUCCGGUCUCGGAGAAGGACCAGGAGCAUGCCAUCCAUCCCGUACCACCUCUCCCAUCACUACCGUUUAUGAGAGUCCCAGACUCGUCAGCGGUACACCAUCCGACGCCAUCGAAGUCCGAGGAGGAAGAGGAGCAGGAGGAAGGGGACGUACAGGCGCCACACAACGUGGGCUCAGAAUCCAUCGAGAUGGUCUGAGCAGUCAUGAGCAUCAUAUACCCCGAAAGACCUGCGGCAGGUCUUUGCUGAACGUGUCCGCUGCGUUCUUUGUCUCCCUUGUCGUGUUCUGUGCUUGUGUCCGUAUUCCGUCUCCUCUAUACCACUGUAUCUCUAGCAACAUCCCACCUCA